AUGGCGCUCUCAAACCACGGUAUCAUUGCGGCCAUUGAGGUCGCCGUAUAUAUCCUCCUUCUAGCACCAGCAAUCCACAACGUCGUUCAUUUUGGCGUACGUCAACACACCGGAUGGCUAUUUAUGUGUAUUUUUUCCAUGUUUAAAAUCACUGGCGCAAGCCUCCUGAUCUACACCAACGAAAACCCCUCCAAGGCGUCCAUCGGCCUCCAAGUCGCGACGCAAAUAUUCUACCAAAUCGCCCUCGGUCCGCUCCUCAGCGCUACCCUUUCGUUCUUCAACGGAUCCACUCCCACAAAAGCUUCGAAGUCCUCAAGUCGAGGGGUCCGCGGCCUUCUCACCAACCUCCCACACUUUCUCCGCCUCAUUCAUCUUGUGGUCAUUGUCGCGGUUGCACUUGGCGUAAUGGGUGGUAUCAAUCGCGCACCAACCAGCAACGGCCAGAUCAACAAGUCCAAGUACGACAGCGGCGCCACUUAUUCCAAGAUCUCCUCCUGCCUCCUCCUCGUUGCUCUUAUCGGCAUUACCUACGGCUUAAUUCGCUACUGGAGCGCGCGCUCUCUCAUGUCUGAGCCGCAAAGGACCCUCCUACCUGCCAUUGGGUUUGCGAUACCAUUGCUGUUCAUGCGCGUUGUCUACUCGCUAUUGGCAAGCUUCACGCUUGACACUUCCGGCAAUAUGAAUCGCACGAAGAUAUUCAACAUGUUUUCGGGGAAUAUCGCUGCUUAUAUCGUGCUAGCGAUGCUUCCACAGAUUGGUGUGGUUGUGCUCUACUCGGUAACGGGUUUUAUCGCAAAAAAGAAGCACCAGCAUACGAAGAUCGCGGAUGGAAGCAAUGGUAAGAUACCUGCUUAG